UGCCUUACUUCGUGGAUAAAAGUUUUGACAAAACUUACAGAGGAGCAUCUCUUCGUGAUCUGGAGAAAACAAUAGAGAAAGAUUAUAUCGAUUACAUCCAGACAAGUUGUUGGAAGGAGAAACAGCAAAGCGACGGUGGCGCGGCUCCCUGCGGCGGCCAUUUCCAACGAGCUGGCGGGGGCGAAGGAUGGCGACGCCCCUCGGGUGGUCGCAGGGAGGCUCAGGAUCUGUGUGUCUUGCCUUCGACCAACUGCGGGACGUUAUUGAAUCUCAGGAGGAACUGAUCCACCAGCUGAGGAAUGUGAUGGUUCUCCAGGAUGAAAAUUUUGUCAGUAAAGAAGAGUUCCAGGAAGUAGAGAAAAAGCUGGUGGAAGAGAAAGCUGCUCAUGCCAAAACCAAGGCUCUUUUGGCCAAGGAAGAAGAGAAGUUGCAGUUUGCCCUCGGAGAGGUGGAGCUGCUGUACAAGCAGCUGGAGAAAGAAAAGCUGGCCUUUGAAAAAGCGCUCUCCAGUGUCAAGAGCAGAGUCCUACAGGAGUCUAGCAAGAAGGACCAGCUCAUCACCAAAUGCAAUGAAAUUGAGUCUCACAUUAUAAGGCAAGAAGAUAUACUUAAUGGCAAAGAGAAUGAGAUUAAGGAGUUGCAGCAAGUUAUCAGCCAGCAGAAACAGAUCUUCAGGAAUCACAUGUCUGACUUCUGGAUUCAGAAGCAGCAAGAGAACUACAUGAUUCAGGUGCUGAACCAGAAGCAUAAGAAAGCCUCUGGGACAUGUCAGGCCCACAGCUGUCAAUGUCCCAGGGGAAAAUAAAAUGGCACUUUCCUUCCUGUUCUUUGUAAUACCCAACUUAUACAUUCUCUGCUCUGGGGAGCCCUUUGGGGCCUUUCACCCCUCCAGAGACGGGGCAGAAAAGGUACUAGUUUCUUGGUCUGUCUGCAUUCUUGAGAGAAUCGAGGCACUGGGGGCUAGAUGAGGGACAGGUCUUGGACAAUCAUUUGCCCUGCCACUUGGAAGGAGAUGCCUCUCAAGUCUCCAGCCCCUGCUGCUCCUCUCGCUCCCUUGGGAGGUGGUAGGGUCCAUGGGAAUGGAAGUGGAGCUAGGUCUUUGUAGUCAGUAGAUACUAUGGCUUGCUUGCUUUGGAUAUUUAAUCCUUUCCCACAUAAACAGCCUUGGUUAUCCCAGUUAACAUCUUACCUGGACUCCAAUAAAUUUGAUUUUCUCAUGUUGGCUACAGAGCAGGUUGGGCUGUAUGUGUGUAUGUGU